UUGGACCUUGGUGACCAAAAAAAAAAAAAAAAAAAAUCCGCUUCCCCAGUUCCCCUCCUGAUUUUUUUACUUUUCACAUUUUCCCUUCUUAAACUCUAAAUUUCUCAGACUAGGUUUUAUCUACCAAUCCCCGGUCUAUACGUUGCGAAAUUUCUACUUUUUUGAGCUCUAAUUCCGAUCCAAGAACUGCGUACGAGGCAGGAGGUGUAAUGGCUGGGAGCAGCAGCAGCAACAACAAAAUUGACAAUAAAGGAGCGAAUUCAAAAGAGUAUAACGAGCAGAAGGAAGAGACGAAGGAGAUCUCACCGAUGUCAUUGAAUCCGAUGCAUCAAUCGAGCUUAAGGCCACAGCUCGAUCUCACUAGGGCAACAAUAGAAGACAAAUGGGAGGAGCGGAACCCGACGAUCCUGUUGCCCAACCAGUCUGAUGACAUCUCCCACUUAGCCCUUGAUAUCGGAGGUUCUCUGAUAAAGUUGGUUUACUUCUCACGACAUGAGGAACAUUCACCUGAUGAUAAGAGGAAAAGAUCAAUAAAAAAGAGGUUUGGAAUCCCUAAAGGAAGCAGGAGGAGCUAUCCAGUUCUGGGUGGAAGGCUCCACUUUGUAAAAUUCGAGACUGGGAAGCUGAACGAGUGUCUGGAUUUCAUUUCAUCCAAGCAGCUUCAUCGUGGAGGACUUGAUUCACCAUCAUGGCAAUCUGGGACUAGACCUCAUGAUAACCCAAUAAUAAUCAAGGCGACAGGUGGUGGGGCAUACAAAUUUGCAGAUGUCUUUAAAGAGAGACUUGGAGUUAGCCUUGAUAAGGAAGAUGAAAUGGCUUGUCUUGUAGCUGGUGCUAAUUUUUUGCUGAAGGCAAUCCGCCAUGAAGCUUUUACACACAUGGAGGGCCAAAAGGAGUUUGUGCAGAUUGAUCAUAAUGAUUUGUUCCCCUAUCUUCUUGUUAAUAUUGGCUCUGGAGUUAGUAUGAUUAAGGUGGAGGGGGAUGGAAAAUUUCAACGGGUUAGUGGGACUAAUGUUGGUGGUGGUACUUAUUGGGGAUUAGGGAGGUUGUUGACAAAAUGCAAGAGUUUUGAUGAGCUGUUAGAGUUGAGCCAGCAAGGAGAUAGUAGCAAUGUUGACAUGCAUGUUGGAGAUAUAUAUGGUGGUAUGGACUAUUCCAAGAUUGGGCUUUCAGCAUCAACUAUUGCCUCUAGUUUUGGAAAGGCGAUUGCAGAAACCAAGGAGCUAUUGGACUACAGACCAGAAGAUAUCUCUCUCUCCCUCCUGCGAAUGAUUUCAUAUAAUAUUGGGCAGAUCUCCUACUUGAUUGCGCUUCGCUAUGGGCUCAAAAGAAUCUUUUUCGGAGGAUUUUUCAUCCGUGGUCAUGCUUAUACCAUGGACGCUAUCUCUUUUGCGGUGCAUUUCUGGUCCAACGGACAGGCGCAAGCCAUGUUUUUGCGCCAUGAAGGCUUUUUAGGAGCUCUUGGUGCAUUCAUGAGCUAUGAAAAGCACGGUCUUGAUGUCUUGAGGGCACAUCAACUGGUUGAACGGUUCCCUAUGAGAUUUCCAUGUGUUGGGGGAAAGAUUUAUGGUCCUCGUCUGGGUGAUCUGAGUGAGAAGAUAUCUUGGAUGGAGAAGUUUGUUUUGAAGGGUACCGAGAUUACAGCUCCUGUCCCAAUGGCUCCACCAGGAACUACUGGUAUGGGUGGUUUUGAGCGACCUUCUUCUAGGGGCAAUACCCUAAGAUCAGAUGCAAGCGCUACAUUAAAUAUUGGUGUACUCCAUCUUGUACCCACGCUGGAAGAGUUUCCUUUAUUGGCUGAUCCUAAGACGUAUGAACCAAACACUAUUGAUCUAUCAGACCAUAGUGAGCUUGAGUAUUGGUUUGUGGUGCUUUCAGAGCAUUUGCCUGACCUAGUUGAUAAGGCAGUAGCAAGUGAAGGAGGAACGGAUGAUGCUAGAAGAAGGGGAGAUGCAUUUGCACAUGCCUUCUCAGCUCACUUGGCAAGGUUGAUGGAAGAGCCUGCUGCUUAUGGGAAGUUAGGCUUGGCUAAUCUUUUGGAGCUAAGGGAAGAAUGCUUGCGAGAGUUUCAGUUUGUUGAUGCAUAUGUCACUAUCAAGAAAAGGGAAAAUGAGGCUUCUCUUGCUGUUUUACCUGACCUUCUUAUUGAGCUUGAUAGUAUGAAUGAGGAGGAAAGAUUGGUUGCUCUCAUUGAAGGUGUUCUUGCUGCAAAUAUAUUUGACUGGGGAUCUCGUGCUUGUGUUGAUCUUUACCAUAAAGGAACUAUAAUUGAAAUUUACCGAAUGAGCCGCAAAAAGAUGCAACGGCCUUGGCGGGUGGAUGACUUUGAUAUGUUUAAAAAAAGAAUGCUUGGUUGUGGAGACAAGAAACUUUCACCAUAUAGAAGAGCAUUACUCUUUGUGGAUAACUCAGGCGCUGAUGUUGUUCUUGGAAUGCUUCCAUUAGCUCGAGAACUCCUUAAGCGUGGAAUUGAGGUUGUUCUGGUUGCAAAUUCCUUGCCAGCUUUGAAUGAUGUCACUGCUAAUGAGCUUCCUGAAAUAGUGGCUGAAGCUGCUAAGCAUUGUGAUGUCCUUCGAAAAGCUGCUGAAGCUGGAGGACUGCUAGUGGAUGCAAUGGUUAGUGUUGAAGAAGGACUUGUAGAUAACUCUUCAAUUCCCCUUAUGGUUGUUGAGAAUGGAUGUGGGAGCCCAUGCAUAGAUUUCCGGCAGGUCAGCUCAGAGCUUGCUGCUGCUGCAAAAGAUGCAGAUUUGAUAAUUUUGGAAGGGAUGGGGCGAGCUCUACAUACGAACUUCAAUGCCUGUUUUAAGUGUGAUGCCCUGAAGCUUGCAAUGGUUAAGAAUCAGAGAUUGGCUGAGAAGCUUUUUAAUGGAAACAUAUAUGACUGUGUCUGUCGGUUCGAGCCUGGUGGAGAACUGCGAUGAUGCAACUCCAGUUGAUUUUGUAACCAUAACUUAUUAUUCACUUCCAUUAUGAAUAAGUAAUCUGCGUCACAGAGGUUGCUUGCGUCUCAGAUUUUUGAUGUUAGCAGUUCAUGUGAAAUAAAACAACCAUCCAGUUCAAAGGUGCCAGUUUAUCUCACAGAUUUAGGUUGUAAGAAAACAAAGAUAUAGCUUGUAUUUUCUGAAAACCAUAGCAUUUGCUGAAGUAUUGUGGUCAUGUAUAUGAUCCAUGAGCAUUUAUAAUUCUGAUUCUAUGUAAAAAUUCAGUUAUAGUAAUCAAAUCAAUUAUACGGCCUUGACUCUCUUGCCA